UGGUCACUCACUCUCCAAGCGCAUCGUAUCUCCAGCACGGAGCGCACCUACACACACCCCUACCUAAUAAACAACACUAUCCAACAUGGCAGGUGCUAUGGACCGGGCCAGGAAGGAGCUCCCCAAGAUCCGGGAUGAGCACCGCGAGAGCAUGUUCGGCACGGUGUUCUCCGUCUCGGGACCCGUCGUCAUCGGCGAGAACAUGCGCGGAUGCGCAAUGUACGAGCUUGUCCGUGUCGGCCACGACGAGCUGGUCGGUGAGGUCAUUCGUAUCGAGGCCGACCGCGCCACGAUCCAGGUCUACGAGGAGACGUCGGGCGUGACGGUCGGCGACCCCGUCCUGCGUACCGGCAAGCCUCUUUCGGUCGAGCUUGGUCCCGGUCUCAUGACCAACAUUUACGACGGUAUCCAGCGCCCCCUCAAGGCCAUCCAGGAGAAGUCGCAGUCGAUCUACAUUCCUCGCGGAAUCAACACCCAGGCCCUCGACCGCGAGAUCAAGUGGGACUUUAUCCCCGCCCAGUUCCGCGUCGGCGACCACCUGUCUGGCGGUGACAUCUUCGGUUCGGUCUACGAGAACUCGCUCGUCGACAACCACAAGAUCCUCCUCCCCCCUCGCGCGAUGGGUACCAUCACCCACAUCGCCGAGAAGGGCGCCUACACUGUCGAGGAUGUCGUCCUCGAGACCGAGUUUGAGGGCAAGAAGACGCAGCACACGCUCAUGCAGCUCUGGCCCGUCCGUGCCCCCCGUCCCGUCGCGCAGAAGGAGACGGCCACGUUCCCCCUCUUCACUGGCCAGCGUGUCCUCGACGCCCUGUUCCCCUCGGUGCAGGGUGGCACGACCGCCAUUCCCGGCGCUUUCGGCUGUGGCAAGACUGUCAUCUCGCAGGCGCUCUCCAAGUUCUCCAACUCGGACAUUAUCAUCUACGUCGGAUGCGGCGAGCGCGGAAACGAGAUGGCCGAGGUUCUUGCCGACUUCCCCGAGCUCACCCUCGAGCGUGACGGCCGUGAGGAGCCCAUCAUGAAGCGUACCGCCCUCGUUGCCAACACCUCCAACAUGCCCGUCGCCGCCCGUGAGGCCUCGAUCUACACUGGUAUCACCCUCUCCGAGUACUUCCGUGACCAGGGCCAGAACGUGUCCAUGAUGGCCGACUCGUCGUCGCGCUGGGCCGAGGCUCUUCGUGAGAUUUCCGGUCGUCUUGCCGAGAUGCCCGCCGACUCGGGUUACCCCGCCUACCUCGGUGCCAAGCUCGCCGGCUUCUACGAGCGUGCUGGUAAGGUCCAGUGUCUUGGUUCGCCCAACCGUGAGGGUACUGUCUCGAUUGUCGGAGCCGUCUCGCCUCCUGGUGGUGACUUCUCGGACCCCGUCACGUCGGCCACCCUCGGUAUCGUGCAGGUCUUCUGGGGUCUCUCCAAGGCUCUUGCCCAGCGCAAGCACUUCCCCUCGGUUGACUGGAACGUGUCCUACUCCAAGUACCUCAACGUCCUCGAGCCCCACUACGAGAAGCACAACCCUGGCUUUGUUGACCUCCGUACCAAGGCCAAGGAGAUUCUCCAGAAGGACAAGGACCUGGCAGAAAUCGUUCAGCUCGUCGGCAAGUCGGCCCUCGGCGAGGGCGACAAGAUUACGCUCGAGGUUGCCCGCAUGCUCAAGGAUGAUUUCCUUCAGCAGAACGGUAUCUCCGAGUACGACCGUUUCUGCCCCUUCUACAAGACGGUCGGCAUGCUCAAGAACUUUAUCACUUACCACGAGCUCGCGCAGAAGGCUGUCGAGUCUGGAGACUCGACGUGGGCCAAGAUCCGCGACUCGACUGGCGACGCCCUGUUCAAGCUGUCGCAGCAGAAGUUCGAGUCGCCCAACACGCAGAGCGAGGCCGACAUUACGGGCAAGUUUGACCAGCUCAACAAUGAGAUUGGCGAGGCGUUCCGCCGACUCCAGGAGUAAUGUGCCGUCGUCCGUCGUCCGUUUGGGUGUGGUCUAAGUAGUGAUUCAAAUUCUAGACAUGUAAGCGUUUGCACGCGG